UCCUCGCUGCCCGGCAACCGCGCGCUCCCCGCGGACCCGCGGCGCCGCCUGCCCCUCCCUCUGGAGGACUCGCCCGCGAUCCAGGCCGGGUUUUGCAGCGGAGCUGUUGGGUUGCGCGUGCUGAUUCCUCUCGGCGAAAGCAGUCGGUGCGGGAGAUCAUGGUGCCUAGCCAAGUGUGGACCGCGCUGUCUGGGGUCUCCGGAGUCGCCCUAGCCUGCUGCUUGGUGUCGGCGGCGGUGGUCCUGCGAUGGACCGGGCGCCGGACGGCCCGGAACGCGGCGGCCAGGGCGCGGCGGAGGCAGCGAGCGGGCCUGGAGACCAUGGACAAGGCGGUGCAGCGUUUCCGAUUGCAGAACCCUGACCUGGACUCGGAAGCCCUGCUGGCCCUUCCCCUGCCCCAGCUGGUACAGAAGUUACAGGGAGGAGAACUGUCCCCAGAGGCUGUACUCUUCACCUACCUGGGAAAGGCGUGGGAAGUGAACAAAGGGACCAACUGCGUGACCUCCUACCUGACUGACUGUGAGACGCAGCUGCCCCAGGCCCCAAGGCAGGGCCUACUCUAUGGCGUCCCUGUGAGCCUUAAGGAGUGCUUCGGCUACAAGGGCCAAGACUCCACGCUGGGCUUGAGUCUGAAUGAGAGCAUGCCGUCGGAGUGCGACUGUGUCAUGGUGCAAGUGCUGAAGCUGCAGGGGGCCGUGCCCUUUGUGCACACCAAUGUCCCCCAGUCCAUGUUAAGCUUUGACUGCAGUAACCCCCUCUUUGGCCAGACCACAAACCCAUGGAAGUCCUCCAAGAGCCCAGGUGGCUCCUCAGGGGGCGAGGGGGCCCUCAUAGGAUCCGGGGGCUCCCUCCUGGGUUUGGGCACUGAUAUUGGAGGCAGCAUCCGUUUCCCUUCUGCCUUCUGUGGCAUCUGUGGCCUCAAGCCUACCGGGAACCGGCUCAGCAAGAAUGGCCUGAGGGGCUGUGUCUAUGGACAGUUGGCAGUGCAGCUUUCUGUUGGCCCCAUGGCCCGGGAUGUGGAGAGCCUGGCAUUAUGCAUGAGAGCCCUACUGUGUGAGGACCUGUUCCGCCUGGACCCCACCGUGGCCCCCUUGCCCUUCAGAGAGGAUGUCUAUACAAGCUCUAGACGGCUGCGGGUGGGGUAUUAUGAAACUGACAACUAUACCAUGCCCAGCCCAGCCAUGAGGAGGGCUGUGCUGGAGACCAAGCUGAGUCUUGAGGCCGCUGGCCACACGCUGGUCCCCUUCCUGCCGAACAACAUCCCCUACGCCCUGGAGGUCCUCUCUGCCGGUGGGCUGUUCAGCGACGGUGGCCACACUUUCCUGCAGAACUUCAAAGGUGACUUUGUGGACCCCUGCCUGGGGGAGCUGAUCUUAGUUCUGAAGCUGCCCUCGUGGCUUAAAAGACUGCUGAGCUUCCUGCUGAAGCCUCUGUUUCCUCGGCUGGCAGCCUUUCUCAACAGCAUGCGUCCGCGGUCAUCUGGAAAGCUGUGGGAGCUGCACCAUGAGAUUGAGAUGUACCGCAGGUCUGUGAUUGCCCAGUGGAAAGCGAUGAACUUGGAUGUGCUGCUGACCCCUAUGCUGAGCCCUGCACUGGAUCUGAAUGCUCCAGGCAGAGCCACAGGAGCUAUCAGCUACACUGUGCUCUUCAACUGCCUAGACUUCCCUGCGGGGGUGGUGCCUGUCACCACUGUGACGUCCGAGGAUGAUGCCCAGAUGGAACACUACAAGGGCUACUUUGGGGAUAUCUGGGACAGUACACUGAAGAAGGCCAUGAAGAACAGUGUAGGCCUACCUGUGGCUGUGCAGUGUGUGGCUCUACCCUGGCAGGAAGAGCUGUGCCUGCGGUUCAUGCGGGAGGUGGAACUGCUGAUGACCCCCGAAAAGCGGCCAUCCUGAGGGUCAUCUACCCGCCCAGCUCCAGAGGACCCGAGGCCCAUGUGUUCUGCACUGCAGCCCCAUCUGUUCAGGAUACUACCGCUGCCUAUGAGGAAACUCCCAGCACAGGGAAGAGGUGUCUGCUCGCCCUCCCCCGAGCUCUGCAGAUACGCAGGACACCUCCUCCCAAGCCAAGUCUGGACCCUGCUCCCCUCUCCGGCCUUUCCGUCCUGAUUCCUUACUUUACAUGAGAGCCAGCAGGGGUGACUUGGGGCCAAGACUCACCAAAAGUCAAGAAACAAUGUGUUUGCUGGGUAUUUCUAUUAGUCUGCUUUGAGGGCUGACCUGACACUCCAGAGCCACCUGCAGCCAUGCCACUCUUCUGCUCCCUGGUGCCAUUACCCACAAGAUGGACAUAGGGUCGUGUCCUUGGCGCUUGAUUGCCCUUCCUUUCUUGUUUGGAUUGGGUCCAGCUCUGAUGGCCUCCGCCCUGGUCUUCCUUCCCACACUCAUCUCUCUGCUGACAUGCCUCCUCUUCUCCUCUUAGUCCUUUGGGGUCUCAUACAUAUCACCCUCUCUUCAGGAAGCUUCUGUCCUCUAUUUAUUUGUUUUAGAGACAGGGUUUUUCUGUGUAGCCCUGGCUGUCCAGGACCUCACUCUGUAGAGGGGGGCUGGCUUUCAAUUCAUAAAGCCGCUUGCCUCAGCCUCCUGAGUGCUGGGAUUAAAGUUGUGCAUCACCACACCCAGCCUAAUGGGACAACUUUUAGAGUCAUCUGUGACACCCUCUCCCCUCUGCAACCCUUCUUCUACUUGUGCAUCCACAAAUCUGAACACUGAACCAAAGGAGGGGCAUGCCAGCUGCAUACCUGCCGGGGAACACUUAGAGACAUCUGUGUAAUCAAGUCAUGAUGUCCACAGCCACAUCUGUCUCCCGUCUGUGUUUGUUGGCUUGCUGGUCUUGGCCAGGCUUUCGAAGUCUCCUACAUAUAGGUUGGAGUGGUGACCUAGAUACGUUAAGUGGGUGAGACCCCUUGUGGUCUGGGCCCUGUGAGGUUUAUCCUUGUAUGCCCAGCACCCAGCAUGGUGCCUGGUACUUAGUGGACAGCCAGUGAAGGCUCGCUGGAGGAAUGGCAGACUUUUUAACUAGCCUAUCCAUUUUGGCACCUCCUGAUUACUUCCUUCUCUUACCUGAAAUGAGGAAUUUCCCAGCUUGUCUCUGACCUUCUACCUUUAUCUAACCUACUUCCUUGACUUUGAUUCUUGACCACAAGGACAAAUACCACCUUGUCUGUGAUCCACCUGGAGCCUUUUCCUGGUCUGGAGGGCUGCCUGUCUUCCCUUCCACCAACCUUCAGCCCUCCCACUCCUAUCCAUCCCAGAAACACUUUGAAUUGCUCUCACAGUGUGUUCAGGGCAAUCAAGCAGAAACAGCCCCUGCUUGGGUGGUUUUCCAUUCUGCCAUCAACUGUGGGAUCACACAGUGCAUCCAAAAUGCUCUACCGAAGCUCCUGGCUAUGACGACGACAGCGGGCCUGAAGUGUGCACACGAGCAGGUGUGUCCGGGCUUCCCGUGUGAAGUAACAUGUAAGCUGGAAAGUGCACUGUCAGUAGGAGCAGAGGAACAAGUGUUUGAGGAAUGGCAGAGCUGAUGUAAACGUGGCUGGUGCAAAAGGGGACGGGGACAGGUGAAGGUGGGGGUGGAGAAUUCCGCCUGCCGUUGCCGAAUUGAGCGGCUCCUGUGUGCCAGACACUUUACAAAAGGCUGGCAGGUCCCUGCUUUUAGGGAACUCAUUUUCCAGAGGGGGAACAUGCAAACAAGUACAUAAAUAAAAUAUUUUCUGCUGAUAA